AAUGAGUAAGGAAAAGGUUUAAUGAUAAUGUCAGAGAAAACCGAGAACUGUGGAGAAACACUGGUUGCCAGAUCUUCUGCGAUGCCACAACGGUCAAAUAGUCAACUGUUACACUAAGGAACGGGUGAGAUGAGAAACCAGAGCUGACAGUGUAAUCUGCCCUAUGGCUAUUUGCCCACAGCCAAGACAACAAUGACCGGUCCCUGGCGCCGGCCUGACGCCGAUGGAAUCCGUGACGUCUUGUGGUAGUCAGAGGCGAACCAUGCCGGGAGCGGUCCGUGGGGCUGGGCGGGCUGGCAGGGAUACACCUUACAGCAUCGAUCGUGAGGUAAGAAGACUGAGAGGAGUCGCCUCCGCUGCCGGAUCGUGCCGUGAAACACAACCAACACCUGAUGAUGGCUCUUCAAACCCUUCAGCCGAACGGAUAGGAAACAUUCAGGAACAGGCCAUAAAUAAUGAAACGUCGGACAUCUUGGUUUGUGGGACGUGUCGGCAGCUCUUCACGACUGUGGCGCUCAUGCGCAAACACAAGUCGGGCGGCUGCAGGAAAAAAGUCGUCUGCAGAUGUACAGCUGGAGGACUGCGCAUGCGUCGUGCUGAAAGUAACGUCACAGACCAGGAAAUGCCGCGCCGCUGGCUGUGCAGGGAAUGCUGGGAAGAGUUCGACGGCCCCUGGCACCUUAUGCACCACGCAGGCGCAGUGCAUGGUAACGUCAUCUAUCGUCGGGACCAACGGAACCAACAAAAUGCUGGUGUGUCUUCUUAGUUUGGAAAGAAAUUAAGAAAUGCUAAGACGU